AUGCCUGGUGUACCAAAAGCCGACAGCCUCUUGGAGCUCCUCUCCCUCAAGGGUAAGGUCGUCGUCGUCACUGGCGCUUCCGGUCCCAGAGGUAUGGGCAUUGAGGCUGCUCGCGGUUGCGCUGAGAUGGGCGCCGACGUGGCCAUCACCUACAGCUCUCGCGCCGAGGGCGGCAUCAAGAACGCCGAGGAGCUGGCCUCCAAGUACGGUGUCAAGGCCAAAGCUUACCAGUGCAAGAUCGACGACUACGAGAGCGUGCAAAAGCUCGUCAAGGAUGUCAUCGGCGAGUUCGGCAAGAUCGACGCCUUCAUCGCCAACGCCGGCGCCACCGCGGACGCUGGUGUGCUCGACGGCUCCGUCGAGGACUGGAACCACGUCAUCAACGUCGACCUCACUGGUACCUUCCACUGUGCCAAGGCUGUUGGCCACCACUUCAAGGAGCGUGGCACCGGCUCGCUCGUCAUCACCGCCUCCAUGUCUGGGCACAUCGCCAACUACCCGCAGGAGCAGACCUCAUACAACGUCGCUAAGGCCGGCUGCAUUCACCUGACUCGCUCGCUGGCCAACGAGUGGCGCGACUUUGCCCGUGUCAACUCCAUCUCGCCCGGCUACAUCGACACCGGUCUCUCCGACUUCGUGCCCAAGGAGACACAGAAGCUCUGGCACAGCAUGAUCCCGCUCGGCCGUGACGGCGAUGCCAAGGAGCUCAAGGGUGCUUACGUCUACCUUGUCUCUGACGCUUCGACUUACACCACCGGCGCCGACAUCGUCAUUGACGGUGGCUACACCUGCCGGUAG